UUGACGGAAGUAGACGUGGAACUUUGUCCUGGUUCACGACGAGUUGGGAUAGAAACACAAUGCUGUCAAACAUAUUGUCUGUUAUUGAUAAUUAGUUUGUUGUAAAAGUUUUUUGUAACAUGUAGCCAUUGCCAUACAGUUCAGUUUGUUAAAUAUUAGAUAGCGAACUAACUCGUUCUACCAAACGUUUAACGUAACGUUCCUACACAUCGACGUUACAUUGCCAUUCAUUUCCUUUCCUACUCACCGUUACGUUUGCAGGUAGUUCGAUAAAGUGUCAUUAACAUGAGCAAUAAUGUCAUUUAACCGGAAAGCUCAUAAAUGAGGCUGCGUUGGGAUUUUCCAUUAGGGAAGGUUAUACAAUCGCCGUCGUUUCAGUUUCAGUCAGAUAAACGUGGUGGGUUUCGUCUAGCUAUGUUACAAAUUAUCUGACAACUUGCUAAUGACCUACAUAAAAGCGCUGCAAGUAAUAGCAAUGAUAAUACAGGGAUACAGAUGUUGUUCAGUGUUUCCCUAGGCUUUGUUCUUUUCUUGAGAAAAUGUGUGACUAGCACGUAAAAUAAUCUGACUGUGAAGAACAACGUCGUGUCUUCCUUGGCUCGUUCUCCAACGUAAUUCUUCACAGUUAUAGCUAAAAUAUUACCUUUUUAGCCUAAAUACCUCAAUACCUUAGUAGUAGAGAAUGUCUCCUAUACCAGUAAUCCCUCUGGUCAUCAACUGUUGCAUGUCUGCGCUGGGCUGCCUGGCAACACUUAAGCUAAUUCCAGCAUUCAAGGAACAUUUCAUCGGAGCCAGGCUGUAUGGAAUGGACCUGAACAAAGUCGUAAAAAAGGAAGUCCCAGAGUCCCAAGGUGUGAUCAGUGGGACGGUCUUCCUCAUCAUCUCUUUCUGCUUCAUCCCAGUGCCCUUCCUCAGCUGCUUCGUUGGGGAGAAGUGUCAAGGCUUUCCACACAACGAGUUUGUGCAGUUUAUCGGUGCGCUCUUGGCCAUAUGCUGCAUGAUAUUCCUGGGCUUUGCUGAUGAUGUAUUGAAUCUACGAUGGCGACACAAGCUCCUGCUGCCUACGAUGGCCUCUCUGCCUCUCCUCAUGGUCUAUUUCACCAACUUUGGCAACACUGUGAUUGUCGUGCCCAAGCCCAUCCGAGUCUUGCUGGGGUUGCAUCUGGAUCUGGGGAUUCUAUACUAUGUGUACAUGGGCAUGCUGGCUGUAUUUUGUACCAACGCCAUCAACAUCCUGGCUGGGAUCAACGGCAUAGAAUCAGGACAGGCCCUCUUUAUCUCUGGGUCCAUCAUCAUAUUUAACUUGUUAGAACUCAAUGGAGACUACCAAGAUGACCAUGUUUUCUCCCUGUAUUUCAUGAUUCCUUUCUUCUUCACCACAUUGGCACUUUUCUACCACAACUGGUACCCCUCAUCCGUGUUUGUUGGAGACACAUUUUGUUACUUUGCCGGGAUGACGUUUGCAGUGGUGGGCAUCCUGGGUCACUUCAGCAAGACCAUGCUGCUCUUCUUUAUCCCACAGGUCAUCAACUUCAUCUACUCCCUGCCUCAGCUCUUUCACAUAGUGCCCUGUCCACGACACCGGCUCCCCAGGCUGAAUCAAGACACAGGGAAGCUUGGAAUGAGCUACUCAAAAUUCAAAAAGAAGGACCUCUCCAAAUUAGGACAGUUGAUUGUCAAGGUGGCAGAGAUGUUAUGGUUACUGGAUGUGCAGCACUCCUCAGAUGGUGAUGACGAGUUUAUUGAGUGUAACAACAUGACUCUGAUUAAUCUGGUGCUGAAGGUCCUGGGGCCAACCCAUGAGAGGAAUCUCACUGCCAUAAUGUUACUGAUACAGGUAUUGGGAAGUAUUACAGCAUUUGGAAUUCGUUAUCACUUGGUUCGGCUGUUCUACGAUGUUUAGAUGUCGGCGCAAUUGAAAUUGUGGACACUAUGGACUAUGAGGACAGCAGUCAUCCCACAAAGGCCUCUCUGGAUGGUUUUGUUUUGAUUCAAAGAAGAACUGAGAAAUAGCAAUGCUAAGAACCAGCCUGGUGAACAAUGGCAGUGUGGCAUUUAGUGAAAUUAUCCAUGCAGUAUAACAAGUCAGUGAAGGUGGGAACAUGCAUAAAACAUGAAGUGGGAAAACGCCUUUGUAAAGAAAAUUAUAUUUCUUUUAAGCGAUUUGUUAUCUCAAAAUACACUGAAAAUGUAUAUGGAUUUUCUCAAAGGUGUCUGAACCCCCUUUGUAUGUAGGGGUUUGACAAUUUGACACUGGAGGAAUUUGCUUGUUGGGAUGUAAAUACAACUUCCAAACCAAAUAAAUGUGCUCUGAACAAUAUAA